UCUGCAGGGUUCAGAGCGAGCAGCACCGAGCAUAUAAGGAAUCCUCUUUGCCGCUGGAUUAUUAUUGUCACUAUCGGUGGUUUCUGCUCUCAGGUCAGAGAUGCCUCGAUCCUUCUUGGUGAAGAGUAAGAAGGCGCACAGUUACCACAAGCCCCGGUCUUUAGAGGAUGAUUUCAGCAGGCUGGAUUCUAUACUGACGCAAAUCUGCUCAGAGUCAGAUAAGCUCCCAGAUGAGAGCGACCUGACGGUGGACACGUAUGGCCUCUCCCCGGACUCCCACCUGGCUGACGCUGCUGAUUUCUCCCCAAAGUCUCCGCUCAGCUGCGCCGACAGUCUGUGCACUCGAUCCCCGGACUACGAGGACUUCUGGAGGCCUCCGUCCCCCUCUGCAUCACCGGCUGAUUCUGAGAAAUCCCUGUCUCCUCUGGUUGACGACACCCAGCCCUUCACUGUCCCCUUCCGGCCCUACGCCUGGAGCAGCUACCCGGGGCCCGGGCUGAGGCCCCUGCUGCAGCAGAAUCUACACCCGAGCAUGGAGGUGGACCGGGGCCCGGCAGCGAUGGCCUUUUACGGGGAGCAGAGUGCCCACUCAGCCCUGUACUCAGAGCAGGUUCUGGGAGAGGAGACUUACAGUGACUACAGGAGGCACGCUGCUGCUCUGCUGUUUCCUGAGGGAGGCCUGCGCGGGAAGAACCACAGCGUGAAGGCCCAGUCUGAGCUGCUGUGCUCCAGUCUCAUCCUUAACGGAGCUUACAAGUGCGUCAAGUGCAGUAAGGUGUUUUCUACUCCGCACGGUUUGGAGGUUCACGUCCGCAGAUCGCAUAUCGGCACCAGGCCAUUUGCGUGUGAAAUUUGCGGCAAAACCUUCGGGCACGCAGUGAGCCUGGAACAACACAAAGCUGUGCACUCUCAGGAGAGAAGCUUCGACUGCAAAAUAUGCGGCAAAAGUUUCAAAAGGUCGUCCACGCUGUCGACGCACCUUCUCAUCCACACCGACACCCGGCCAUACCCGUGUCAGUACUGCGGGAAGAGGUUCCACCAGAAGUCCGACAUGAAGAAACACACUUUCAUCCACACAGGUGAGAAGCCGCACAAAUGUCAGGUGUGUGGUAAAGCGUUCAGCCAGAGCUCCAACCUCAUCACACACAGCAGGAAACACACCGGCUACAAACCUUUCGGCUGCGACCUGUGCGGCAAAGGCUUCCAGAGGAAGGUGGAUCUGAGGAGACACAAAGAGACGCAGCACGGACUGAAGUGACCGAACACAACCUGUCCUGUCACCUGACUGUCCGUCCAUGUUCUUACAAAGACAAAGAGAAACUCUGACAAAGACAUUUUUAGACAAAAGGCAUUUUUCGCCCAGUCGCUCCGCUGCCUGCUUCGGGACAUCUUGUUGGAUCAAGAUUCAUCAUGAUCCGCUAUCAGCUCCGUAAAAACUGAAUGAAAAUAUAUAUAAUAAUAUUAACCAACGGCAGAUUUUUUUUUAAUUUAUUCUAUGCAGGAAAGACGUAAAAAUCCUUAGAUUAUAACAAACAACAAACAAGGAUUUUACAGUUGAAGACAUCAGCAACACUAAACAGGCCUUUACAUCCCACUGAUUGACUGAAGGCCCAGAGAACCAGAGAUAAGCUGUGAACUGUAGAAAACAGAGAUAUGAUAUGAUGAAACAUGAUAAAACACAUUUAUCAUGUUUGUACGUUGACUGAUACGAAUCAGCUUCAGUGGGCAUUAAACCCAAAAUAUUUGUACUCACACUUCAAUAAAAACCACCAGGAAAAGAUGAAAUCAGCGCUUCUCCAAAGACCAGAGGCUUUUAUUUUGUUGGACUAAUGUUGACAAAACAGCCUCCUAACACAGGAGGAGGGUCACUGCCCGCGUGUCAGCUGUUAUAUUUGAUUUUUUUUUCUUCUUCUUCCAUUUUGCACAUUUUCUUGUCAAAAUAAACGUUUUGUCGUUUACAAAACAAAAUACA